UCCGGUUAAUCGCAACAAGAUGGCGGCGCCCAGGGCGUCCCUGCACCUGGUGGCCUCGACAUGGAAUAGGGGUACCAGGGGCAUCCGUGGUCUGAGCAGUGCAGUGGCCCCAGAGAACAGUCAGAGGAAGGGGAGGACGCUGCUCCAGUUCCUGGCCAACCGCUUCUAUGAUGUGGAGAUUCUCAGAGAGUACCUAUUCCGAAAGCAGAUUUCAAAAGUACACAAGGAAAAUCGAUCCUUCACCUACAUCAAGGAGCGAUACGGCCCGUACAUCGCAGGUGCCUAUUUCGUCCUGAAGCAGGGAGGCGCAGUCAAGUUCCAGGGCAAGGAGUGGAUUCGGUCCACCGGGCGUGGCUACUUCUCUCCCCAAUUGUUGAAUUUCCAGGCAGUGCCUAUAGAGGCCGUAGAUGCCAGCGACUGCGCCAUCAACUACGAAGGCCUGGACAACCUCUUGAUCCUGAAGGAGCUGCAGUCCCUGUCGCUGCAGCGCUGUCCUCAUGUGGAUGACUGGUGUCUCAGCCGCCUCUACCAGCUGGCCGACUCCUUGCAGGAGCUCUCGCUGGCUGGUUGCCCCCGAAUAUCCGAACGGGGCCUCGCCUGCCUCCACCACCUCCAGAACCUCCGCAGGCUGGACAUCUCAGACCUCCCUGCCGUGUCCAGCCCGGGACUCACUCAGAUCUUGGUGGAGGAGAUGCUGCCCAACUGCGAGGUUCUGGGAGCUGAGUGGGCCCAGGGCCUGAAGCCAGGGCCUGAGGAGCAGUCUCGGGACACAGCGAGCCCUGUCCCUGCCUAGCUGUGGCCCCUCCCCAUCUAGCUGGAUCUCUGGGCUGUGUUGAGUGUCUGCCAGUUCUUUUGGCUUCCAGUUGGGCUCAC